AACGGCCCCACUUCCGGUAGAACAAGAAGAGACAACAGACCGGGACGGCAGAAGAGGACGUUCACGUCGACGAGUUCAGGGGCUUUUGCUUUGCAGGAAGGUUGUCAUCGAUAAGACGGCGAGGACACCUGCCUGACGGACAGAGACACCGGGAGACAUGGUGAAGAUCAGCUUCCAGUCCAUCUCGGGACAGAAAGCGGAGAACGAUGGCGACAAGACCGAGAUCCUCAUCCCUCACCCGGCGGAUGAUGACGACGAGCUGGUCCUGCGGCCCAAAAAGUCUCCCCUGAAUGGCCUGUGCUGCCUGACGUUGGCCCUGAUGGUGUUCAUGGCCGGUCUGGUCCUGGCCUCCAUUUAUGUCUACCGCUACUACUUCAUACCUCAUAUCCCGGAGGAGAACCUGUUCCACUGCAGGGUGCUUUACGAGGACUCUGCGUACGCUCCGCUGCGCGGGCGUCAGGAGCUGGAGGAAAAUGUCGGCAUCUACUUGGGCGACAACUACGAGAAGAUCACCGUGCCCGUGCCUCACUUCGGGGGCAGCGACCCGGCUGAUAUCAUCCACGACUUCCACAGAGGACUUACAGCCUACCACGACAUCGCCCUGGACAAGUGCUACGUUAUCGAGCUCAACACCACCAUCGUGAUGCCGCCACGCAACCUUCUGGAGCUCCUCAUCAACGUGAAGAAGGGAACGUACUUGCCUCAGACCUACAUCAUCCACGAGGAGAUGGUGGUGACGGGCAGGGUGCACAACAUGCGUCAGCUGGGGCCGUUCAUCUAUCGCCUGUGCAAUGGGAAGGACACGUACCGCCUGAACCGCCGCGUCACCCGCAGACGCAUCAACAAGCGCGAGGCGAAGGACUGCCACCACAUCCGUCACUUCGAGAACACCUUCGUGGUGGAGACGGUUAUCUGCGACGGCGCGUAAACGCCGCUCGGCCCGCGCGAGGGCACACCGCCAGUCGCCGUAGCCCCCCCCCCCCCCCCCCCCGCUGUUCUUAGUUACACUUCACUUGUGAUCUUUGGUUUGAUGUUUUCUUUAUUGUUUUUAAUUUCUUUUGGGUGAUUCCCAUUGGUGAUCUUCACGUGUGAUGCAACACCAAACAUCUGAUUCCAUCACAGGGUUGUUCUUGUGGCCAAUGAGGAUUUAUAAUUUGCACUCCUCUUCCUCUGGGGACUCGUGUUUCGAUGGUCGUCGUCGUCGGGGGAGACGGUCUCCAUGUGUUGUCAUGGAGACCGUUCUUUUUGUUUUCUGCUCCCUCGCCGCUUCGCCAACAAUCAUCCGUGCAAAGCAUGACGACUUGCUUCUCUGCGCAAACAUUGUCCCUCGAUUUGAACCCUUUCUUGACUCUCUGUAAGGUGUAACUGCCGAUAGUCGCUUGCUUGCAUCUCUUGCCUGCCUCCUUCUCCCCUCCCUGCUUUUAUUUAUUAGAAGGUUGCACAAGUUCUGCUUUCCCUUUUUUUAGUGUACUUUUCCAUCACAAUUAAAACUAAUGAAGCGUCAGUUUCACUUUGGAUGUUUUUAUCUGUUAGCUUCUUUCUCAACACCUUGGUGUAUAUUUUUAAAAAGGAUGCCUCUGUUUUCCCUCGCACGUGUUUAUCUAUAAGAGAAAAACGGCUCUGUUAGAAUGUUUUGUAAACCAACGAUUUAAAGCCUUAGUCCAGAGUCAGGGACUGGACUAAAGUCAGUACUACUGAAAGGGGACAUAUUAUAUGGUACAUCAAUCAAAUAAAAUCAGCUUUGAUUUUAAAUCGUGAAACCUGUCUGUGAAUAAAGUUGUGACAUUAA